AUGCCAAUCACGAUUCUACAGCCUUCCCUGGCAAGGGAGCCAGCGGUACAUAACCACAAUUCAGACAGCGAGUCGGACUCUGAGGGCGGUGUUGAUCUAGACGGCGACAUUUCCAUGAGCCGCCCCACCAAGCGAGUACGAAGGACAGAAGCGAUCUUGACGCCUGGUGAGGUUAUAACCGAGGAUCCCCAAUGGAUGCGAGGCCAUGGAACCUAUACCUUGCCCGACCCGCCGCAAAUCGUUGCUUCGGUCGCCGGAACGCUCUCCAAAACGAACAAGCUGCUCUCUGUGAGACCGCUCCGUGCCCGCUAUACACCCGAGAUUGGAGACUUGGUGGUCGGCCGUAUUGUCGAGGUGCAAGCUCGCCGAUGGAGGGUGGACGUGGGAUCGGCUGUGCUGGCCCAGCUUCCUCUUUCCGCAAUCAACCUUCCGGGUGGUAUUCAGAGACGUCGAACCGAGACCGAUGAGCUGCAAAUUCGGACAUUCUUCAGCGAGGGCGAGUUUCUCAAAUACGGCAAAUUACGAAACGGAGUAUUCAUGGCAGUCAGCGGAACGGGUGGUGGCGGCGGUGUCGUGAGAGCCAGGAGACACGCUUUCACAAUUGAGGUGGCUGGCUCGGACAGCGGCAACGAGAAGAUGGAUGUAAUCCUCGGCGUGAAUGGCUACAUUUGGAUCGCCAGACACAUCGAAGGCGAGGGCGCAGCGGCUGAAACAAGCGGACCUGGAAUCACGAGAAUCGAGGAGAAUGUGGGACUUAAUGUCUACUCGAGCCAGAAUGACCCCAUAUCACUGGACACGAUGCGCGAGAUCGCCCGGGUCAGGGGUGUCAUAACGGCACUCGUCGAACAUGGGCUCCGCGUAGACGAAGAAAUGGUCGUCAAGGGUUACCAGGAAGCAGUAGAGAUGGCAAGAACGGACGGAAGUAACGACAACUUGUGGCUGGGUGGUGAGAACGGCAAGCGACUGGCCGAUGCUUUGGUCGGUCGGUGA